GAUCGCCCGCUCGCUCGCUCGCUCGCUCUCAUUCUCACUCAUUUCGCGCAAAUUGCCAAUUUAAAUUGGCCACAUUAAAUUAGUCGAGUUAUCAGCCUCCAUGCGGACGGAGGGUUUGAGACCGGAACGCCGCCACAAGUGCGCUCAUACGUAAGAAUUAAUUCAGUGACUUCAAUCAAAUAACUGCAACAAAUGGAUGAAUUCGGAGUUUUUCAAACAUUAACAAGAACUACUGUUUUGGAGUAGCCAAAAUCACUGAAAUAGCCGACAAACAGUUUCAUACAAAUACCAUAAAAAUCACAACAACCAACAAAGAUGGCGUGCUUUCCACGCAAGUUGCGUAUAUUUAAUCGUACGACAGCCAGCUUUACGCCAGCGGAGGAUGAGAAUAAAGAUACCAUGCUGAAUAAUACAGCAAAUCCAGUGCAAAUUGGUCGUUAUAUCAGACGUGAAGAGACUGCGCUUUUUACACCCAAAUCCAGUGAGCAACAGCAAACAGGAAAAUCACCGGAGCAAAUCAUUGACAACCGAAACAAUCGCACCAGCAACAACAACAAUGUCAACAACGUCAAUAAGAGCAACAGCAACAACAACAACACUAUAAGUGGUAACAAUGUAAAUGGCAGUUUGAUAAACAACGGGAGCGGCAGCAACAGCAGCAAUGUCAACAGUGUGCCGCCUAAAAAAUUCAUUUCCAACAAAGUACACAAUCUCAGCCGCAACAAUAGUGCCAACAAAAGCAACAACAACAACAAUAAAAGCAUUGUUAGCAACUCUCUGCUGAAAUCUGUGAAAGAGCGACGGCCCACAGCUCUGCCGAGCGAUGCACCAAAUUUAGGGGAAGAAGAAGAAGAACAGUAUGAUGAUGAUGAAGAGGAGCGAGAAACUGGCGAGCUCCAUAAAAUAGUGGAGGUGCAGCAGGCUGGUAAGCUGCAAGCGCUUCAUGUCAACAUAAAACAGGCUAAUGGCUAUAAGAGCAACAGCAGUGACCUGGAUACACCCACCACACCAAACAGUUCGACGCUGGCGGUGCGCUUCUUUAUUGGACAGCAUGCGCACGACGAGGACACAGCGUCCGCGCAGUCUUUAGAUGCCGGCAGUUAUCGCAGCAUAAAAGAGGUGACAGCGCAUGGCAUCAGCAGCGCGCAGCAAACACAGCAAGACCAACAACACCACCAACACCACCAACAACAUAAGCAAUUAAAGAAACUUCAGUUACAAACUGGCGAUGUUACAGAUAGUGGCAACAACAUCGUCGCUAUCACCUCCACCUCGCUGCUGCAACUACCAACACCCGAAUUGACCGCACAACGCAACUCCGAACGCAUUGCCAGCGCCUGCUCCUCCCCCACGCUCUACGGACCGCAGGCGAAGCGCAAUUCUAAAUCGAAAAGUUGGCGCAAAGCACGCGGUGGUGCCAGUGUCAGUGAGACACCUGCGCAUGAGGUGCACAUACCACCGCCACCACCGUUGCCACCGCAGCCGCUCACCACUGCCUCAUCGUCCGCUUCGUUGCUUUCGCUGCGCAGCAACAAAAUCAAACGCAGCUCUGCGGUCGCCACGUCCACCACAGCGACGCCGCAAAUCGAGGAGGGUGGCAUUAGCGCCAACGCUGAGUUUGCCACACCGCCCGGCUACGAUGUGCGGUAUGAUGGCACAACCAUGGUGACAGCGACAGCAACAGCAAUUGCUGUCCCAACAACAACAACAACGGCGAAUGAUGCAACAAAUGACAAAGAGCAAACACCAACACCAAAGGAAAGUGAUAACAGCGACACACCACAAGCGCAUCGCGUCGAGGGCGGUCUGAUAUUCACGCGUCCUAAUUUGCCCGCUAAGAAGGACGUACACAUUGAGUUCAUUGAAAAGGAUAAUGAAACACGCAAUCUCAUACGCAAGGCCAUCGAACGCAAUGACUUCCUCAAUAACUAUAUGGACAAGGAGCGCAAGGAGAUGGUCAUCGAUGCGAUGGCGCCGACAUUCUACAAAAAGGACUCUUUCAUUAUACAUGAAAAUGAUGAGGGUUCGGAAAUUUAUGUCUCCGAAACGGGUUACUUCGAUGUAAUCAAGGGUGGCAAGGUUGUGGGUAGUUUUGGACCGACAACGGUUUUCGGUGAAUUGGCCAUACUUUAUAAUGCUAAUCGUUUGGCAUCGAUACGAGCGACGGCAAAUGCGCGCGUGUGGAAAAUCACACGUGAGACAUUCCGUCAGAUUAUGGUGCUGUCCGAGUCAAAGGAACGAGAUGAAAAUUUGACAUUUUUACGUGCGGCGCCAUUCCUUAACGAUCUGUCUGAUGCGGUGCUGAACAAGGUGGUGGAUCUGUUGCAACGGAAAUACUACGAACCCAAUGCCUGCAUUGUGCGCGAAGGCGAAGUGGGCAAUGAGUUUUUCAUUAUACGUGGUGGUACGGUGACUAUCAAAAAGAAGAAUGAGCAAAAUGUGGAACGUGUAGUGGAUCGACGGAAGCGUGGUGAUUACUUCGGUGAGCAAGCGCUGCUCAAUGCGGACCGGCGACAAGCCAGCGUGUAUGCUGAUGCACCAGGCACUGAAGUGCUCAAAUUAGAUAGAGAAGCUUUCAUCAGCUAUCUCGGCACCAUACCACAGCUGCGUGAAAAGCCCGAAGAACGUAGAUCGGCCGAACGCAAGCACAGCACACGACAAUCCGAAUUUGACAACGAAUACGCUCAAGUACAGCUAACUGAUCUGAAAAAGGUUGCUACAUUGGGUGCUGGCGCUUUCGGUUGUGUGGAUUUGGUGUCUUACAAUGAUAAAACUUUCGCAUUGAAAAUCAUUAAAAAGAUCGAUGUCAUCAAACAGGACCAGGUGGAGCAUGUUUACAGCGAAAAACAUGUGAUGAUGAAGUGUCGCAGCUCGCCAUUUAUUAUUGAGUUAUAUAAGACUUUCCGCAAUGAAAAAUUCGUUUACUUCCUAAUGGAAGCUUGUAUGGGUGGUGAUGUUUGGACCGUUAUGUCGCAGCGUCGCUUCUUCGAUGAGCGUACCGCAAAAUUUAUUGCCGGUUGUGUGGUGGAAGCUUUCGACUUUUUACACUCACACAAUAUUAUUUAUAGGGAUUUGAAACCGGAGAAUUUAAUGUUAACGACGGAUGGGUAUUGCAAGUUGGUCGAUUUCGGCUUCGCCAAGCACAUACCACCCAAUCAAAAAACGAACACCUUUGCUGGUACACCCGAAUACGUUGCGCCCGAGAUCAUUUUGGAUCGUGGUCACGAUCGCGCUGUCGACUAUUGGGCGUUGGGUAUACUGAUAUUCGAAUUACUUGUGGGUAAAACACCGUUUCGUGGACAAAAUCAAAUCAAAAUUUACCAACAGAUAUUGGGUGGCAUUGACGUUAUACAAAUGCCCUCGAAAAUACCGCGUUCAGCACAGGGUCUCAUCAAGCACUUGUGUAAGCAAUUGCCGGCCGAGCGUUUGGGUUAUCAGCGUCGCGGCAUUUUAGAUAUUAAGCGUCAUAGUUGGUUUGACAAUUUGGAUUGGAAUAAGUUGAAGUACAAGCAAUUGCCAUCACCGAUAAAGCGUCCCAUAACAUGCAACACUGAUUUGCAGUACUUUGGUCCAGCCGGUGUGGAGAAUGACUAUGAUCCACCAGAUGAAACUAGUGGUUGGGAUAUCGAUUUCUAAGGAGCACAAGCAAUGUCAAUAUACUUUCGAAAAAGCAAUUUAUAUUUUACAUAACAUAUUUACAUUACAGUUAGACUUAAAUUAUUUACAAUUAUUUCUUAGGUAUGAACUUUUUAUAAAGUAAUUAUGUUAUAAUUCUUAUAGUGUAAGCAACUAAUUUUGACAAAACUUCUUCAAAUUUAUAUUUUAGUCCAUGCCAAACUAGUUAGAUAUUUUAUGAAAUUUUAAGAAAAAAAAAUUAAUUGUUUACCGAUAUAUGUAUGUAGGUCGAUAAAAAAUACUAGACUAAUAAAAAACCUUGUAUGACACCGUAGAAAUAACGGUAUAUUUUUGGAAAUAAAGAUCUAAUGAUAUUACAAA